GCGCUGCUGGUCACGUGUCCUCCAUACAGCGUGGAGCUGCUCCGCUGAUUAUCGGUUAUUGAUCAUCGCUUUCAGUUUCUGAUCUCCGCUUUUUGAGAUAUCGAUUAGAGCAGAGCGCCCCUUCCUCCGCGCGCGCGCCCGCUGAGCUACGUCAUCGUCCUGCUCUUCCUCCUCCGAGUCUUCGUCAUGUCUGCGGUGCAGAGGAUGAAGGUGGCGAACGAGAAGCACAGCAAGAGCAUCACGCAGCGCGGACACGUCCAGAAGACCGCGCGGGUGGUCAGUGAGGAGAAGUCUCCGGUGGGGCCGUGGCUGCUCGCGCUCUUCGUGUUCGUGGUGUGUGGCUCAGCUAUCUUCCAGAUCAUCCAGAGUAUCCGGCAGGGUCUGUAAAGUCGGAAGCGAGUGGAUGAGUCGGUGGAGUUUCCUGGGGAAAACGGCAGGCUCCGCCUCCAUCUUCUCAUCAGCCAAUCAUCUCUUGCCACCGUUUUCUUCAGUAGAGUCCGUUAGAGUUUAGGUUCCGUUCUGGACGUUCCUCGGUUCUGUACCGUGGAAUGGUUUUUGUCUUCCUGCGGUUUUGUGAGCUGUUUACAUCUCUGUCAGUGCGUAUCUGAGCCCAAAUACAGCGGCAGUUCGGAGAGAAACCCGCUCCCCCCGUUAUCCCGGUCCGGCCGACCCGCCGGAGCUCGGCGUCUGGACCCCCUCAGUUCAGCGCUCGUACCCACCGAUCAGUGGUGGUCAGUCACGCAGAUCAACAGUGAGGGUCAUUUA